AUGCAGGCGGACAACUUGGAUUUUCGCGGGCGAGAGUUUUCGGUUGUUGCGAUUCCCUGUUUCACCGCAUGCAGCUUCGAAUGGAAUGCAAUGCAAUGCAAUGCAAUGCACGGAGCUAUGGCCGUGCCGUUUGCUGCGGAAGAUGUCCCGCAAGAUGAUUCCUCAUCUUUCUCGUCCUACGACACGGCACGAUUAAUGCUUCGUUUGAUGGCGACCACGCGCAUGAAACGGGCGCGGGCUAAUGCGAUGCGCGACUGA